AUGAAAAAUUCUUUAGAUUCCGGUUUAUUAACACAUGAUAAUGCCCAUACACAAGAAACUGUAAGUCUAAGUAAUAAGGCAUUAAAUUUUUUUUGGUCAUUUGCAGAUAAAGUCCAAACUAUGGAACCAUGUGAUGAAGACCUAGUGAUCAUUUUAUGGAAAAAUUUGUCAAGGGG